GAUCUCUGUCACCUACCAGUUAGCUCAGUUACCACACCGAUCCACAGGGAUCAGAACUUUGUAUUCAGUUACACAUAUCGCAGUGAAAUUUUAUUGAAUGUAAAUCGUUACAGCGUGACUGCACUUGUAUCUAUAGAAAUAUAGAUCUACCACACCGGAGUGACUAGGAUGGAGUGGCAGCCAGAUGAACAGGGUCUUCAGCAAGUGCUUCAGCUACUCAAGGACUCUCAGUCCCCAGACACAGCAACACAGAGGGCUGUGCAAGAAAAACUGGAGCAACUUAAUCAGUUUCCAGAUUUCAACAACUAUCUCAUCUUUGUCCUCACAAGCCUGAAAUCCGAGGACGAGCCCACUCGCUCUCUCAGCGGUCUGAUCCUGAAGAACAAUGUUAAGGCUCACUACCAUAACUUCCCUCCCACUGUGGCUGACUUCAUCAAACGAGAAUGCCUCAACAACAUCGGAGACCCUUCACCGCUCAUCAGAGCUACGAUCGGUAUCCUGAUCACGACCAUCUCCUCUAAAGGAGAGCUGCAGACCUGGCCGGAGCUGUUGCCUCAGCUCUGUAAUCUGCUCAACUCGGACGACUACAACACCUGCGAGGGUUCUUUUGGAGCGUUGCAGAAGAUCUGCGAGGAUUCAUCCGAGUUGUUGGAUAGCGAUGCUUUGAACAGACCUCUUAACAUCAUGAUCCCCAAAUUCCUACAGUUUUUCAAGCAUUGCAGCCCCAAGAUCAGGUCACACGCUAUAGCGUGUGUGAACCAGUUCAUCAACAGUCGCGCUCAGGCUCUGAUGGAUAACAUUGACACCUUCAUUGAGAGUCUGUUUGCGCUGGCCGGGGACGAGGACAGUGAAGUGAGGAAGAACGUGUGCAGGGCUCUGGUCAUGCUGCUGGAAGUUCGCAUUGAUCGGCUCAUCCCACACAUGCACAGCAUCAUCCAGUACAUGCUGCAGCGGACCCAGGACCCAGAUGAGAACGUGGCUCUGGAGGCCUGUGAGUUCUGGCUGACACUGGCUGAACAGCCCAUCUGUAAAGAGGCCCUGUCUGGCCACUUGGUCCAACUGAUCCCCAUCCUAGUGAAUGGGAUGAAAUACUCUGAGAUUGACAUUAUUCUUCUCAAGGGCGACGUCGAAGAGGACGAGGCGGUUCCCGACAGCGAGCAAGACAUCAAGCCUCGCUUCCACAAGUCCCGCACCGUCACUCUGCAGCACGAAGGCGGCGAGGACGAGGAGGGAGAGGACAUCGACGAAGAUGACGACGACGACGAUGACACGCUGUCUGACUGGAACUUACGGAAGUGCUCCGCCGCGGCUCUGGACGUUCUUGCCAAUGUGUUUCGUGAGGAGUUGCUCCCCCAUCUCCUGCCCCUGCUCAAAGGACUGCUAUUCCACCCCGACUGGGUCAUCAAGGAGUCGGGCAUCCUCGUGCUGGGAGCCAUCGCCGAGGGCUGUAUGCAAGGAAUGGUACCCUACUUGCCCGAGCUCAUCCCGCACCUCAUCCAAUGUUUGAGCGAUAAGAAGGCCCUGGUCCGCUCAAUCGCCUGUUGGACCCUCAGCCGCUACGCCCACUGGGUGGUCAGCCAGCCCCCCGACGGUCACCUCAAACCCCUCAUGACUGAGCUGCUCAAACGCAUCCUGGAUGGCAAUAAAAGGGUACAGGAAGCAGCGUGCAGUGCGUUUGCCACCCUGGAGGAGGAGGCGUGCACAGAGCUGGUGCCUUACCUUAGUUUCAUCCUGGACACGCUGGUUUUUGCUUUUGGGAAGUACCAGCACAAGAACCUGCUCAUCCUCUAUGACGCCAUAGGAACACUGGCGGACUCUGUGGGACACCAUCUCAACCAGACCGAGUACAUUGAGAAGCUGAUGCCUCCGCUGAUCGCCAAGUGGAACGAGCUGAAGGACGAAGACAAAGAUCUCUUCCCUCUGCUCGAGUGUCUGUCGUCCGUUGCCACGGCGCUGCAGAGUGGCUUCCUGCCCUACUGCGAGCCCGUCUACCAGCGCUGCGUCACCCUGGUGCAGAAGACUCUGGCUCAGGCCAUGGUGAGCCACACGCACAAGGACUCUGCAGAGGCAAUUCAGAUGUACAGCCAGCAGCCAGACCAGUACGAAGCACCCGACAAGGAUUUCAUGAUUGUGGCUCUGGAUCUUUUAAGCGGCUUAGCGGAGGGCCUGGGAAGCCACGUGGACACGCUGGUGGCUCGCAGUAACAUCAUGACGCUGCUUUUCCAGUGUAUGCAGGAUACGAUGCCUGAAGUAAGACAGAGUUCAUUCGCUCUCCUGGGGGACUUGACCAAGGCGUGCUUCCCUCACGUCAAACCGUGUAUUGCUGAAUUUAUGCCAAUCCUCGGGACAAACCUGAACCCCGAGUUCAUUUCAGUCUGCAACAAUGCGACCUGGGCCAUCGGAGAGAUCUGUAUGCAGAUGGGAGUGGAGAUGCAGCCGUACAUCGUGAUGGUCCUGAACCAGCUGGUUGAGAUUAUCAACCGACCCAACACCCCCAAGACCCUGCUGGAGAACACCGCGAUCACCAUCGGGCGACUGGGCUACGUGUGUCCUCAGGAGGUCGCGGCCGUGCUGCCACAGUUCAUCCGACCCUGGUGCACGUCUCUGCGGAACAUCCGAGACAACGAGGAGAAAGACUCUGCCUUCCGCGGGAUCUGCAUGAUGAUCGGCGUGAACCCAGGAGGCGUGGUGCAGGACUUCAUCUUCUUCUGCGACGCAGUGGCCUCCUGGGUGAAUCCUAAAGACGAUUUGAGAGACAUGUUCUACAAGAUCCUGCAUGGUUUUAAGGAGCAGGUCGGGGAGGAGAACUGGCAGCAGUUCUCAGAGCAGUUCCCCCCACUGCUGAAGGAGAGACUGGUAGCCUGCUACGGCGUUUAGAUUCUAUACACCCACCCAAGAGGUGAGCCAGCAGGAGGAGGGUGAAUGGGAAACUCAUCCAUCUGUGUAUUGCACUGCCCUGAUCUGGGGGGAGGGAGAGGGACGCUAUUGGCCGCUCCCCCUGACGGACGGCCCCCACGCCCUAUGUGUUUGUCCAUAGAGGGAGGGUGGGCGGGAGGGAGUCCUCUAGAUUAACUAGGCAGGGACCCGACACAGAAAAAAAAAACUAACUGGUAGGGACAGAUAGAGAGGGACAGAAAGAAGGACAUGGAGGCGUAGACGAGCUGGCAAACGAGGAGGCAGGGAGAGAGAGUUCAGGGAAAGAGAGAGUUCAGGGAAAGAGAGACCAGCGGAGAGAGAGUUCAGGGAAAGAGACCAGCGGAGAGAGAGUUCAGGGAAAGAGACCAGCGGAGAGAGAGUUCAGGGAAAGAGAGACCAGCGGAGAGAGAGUUCAGGGAAAGAGAGACCAGCGGAGAGAGAGUUCAGGGAAAGAGACCAGCGGAGAGAGAGUUCAGGGAAAGAGAGACCAGCGGAGAGAGAGUUCAGGGAAAGAGAGACCAGCGGAGAGAGAGUUCAGGGAAAGACCAGCGGAGAGAGAGUUCAGGGAAAGAGAGGGAGGGAAAUCAGUUACAAAACAGGGAAAUAGAGCCACAAAAAGGUCUGCUACUGGGAAACAGGGACAGUUGAGAUUUUUAUGUCAAACUCGAGAGUAGCCGAUAGCUUGACCGACAGAGACAGACCAAAACAGACUCACACUUGCACAUGCAGUACGUAGAACCGACUGUGGGUGUUAGACUUUUCGAGACCUCCUAUAGUUAGGGACAGACAGGCAGCAGGGGUCUAAACUCUGUUCAUUUUCUGGGUGAUAUCUUUUCUUCUUUCCGGGUAGUAGGAUUCGAUAUGAAUCACUUCAUCUGUAGUCACUGAGUUCCACUUAGCUGUAAGAGAAUCUUGCUGUCCGCCUCUUGUUUCCGACCUUUCAUUUCCAGCGCUGCUUCACAGAGGCGUAUCCAUCUUUCAGACAUUCUCCCGUUACAUUUUCUAGCUGAUCGAGAGAAAGAAAGAGAAUAAGAGCGAGUGUCUUUCCUCGCGGCUUCACAGAAAAAACACCGUUCCUCGAGUGAGGGAGGAUUAGGGCUAACACAUUUGUUUUCUCACCAGAGCGGAGGAAACGGUAAAAAGAAAAAUCACAUCCUUAGUUGUCCUCUUUUGAGGUUUUGUGUGUGUUUGUAAGUGUGUGUGUGUGUGUGUGUGUUUGUUUGUAAGUAUGUGUGUGUGUUUGUAUAUGUAUGCAUGUGCAGUUUGUAAAUCCUCACUUUGGCAUUCUGUGUUAACGAUGUAUUGUUUUUGAUAUGGUACCGAGCUAAAACUUGGCUCCCACCACAAUGUCCUUGGCGCCUGUAACUGUGAGCGUGUGUGUGUGCGUGUAAGUGUGUGUGUGUGCAAGAGCGAGUGUGUAUGUAUAUGUUCAUGUCUACAUUCGUACUGAUAUCCAUUUGAUGCCAUAUUGAUAUCUUAAGUAAAACAGUGAUUGGCAAUGUCAUUGUGAUCUUUAUAAUGUUUUUAAAAUGGUCCAUAUUCUUUUUCUUUCUUUUUUUGUUUUUGCUGCUACUGAUAAUUUUUGUUUCUCUAGUGGACUAAAAUUCGCACAAUUAACGCAAAAAAAAAGAUAUUGGAAUUAAUGCUAUUUUCAGUGACUGUUGAGUUGUUUUUGCACUUUUUAUUUUAGUUUUACCUAUUUUUUGUUUGUUUUUGUAUGGACUUUCUUUUAACCUCACCCAUAUGAUAUGUCUUGACCCUAAUGUCAGCGUUUGUCAUACUGUGUUGCACUGUGAAAUUAAGUGUCUGACUAGCAGAAAUAUUCCAAUACUAAAUGGCAAAUAAAAACAACUCUGUGAAACUGGGACUAAUCAGCACUUUUACAAUGACUAACUUUGCCAUAUUGCUGAUGUGUCUGGUAUACAUGUGUGUGUGUGUGAGAGAGAUCAUGCAUGCGUGUGUGCGUGUGAUCCUGCAUGAAUAGGUGUGCAUGAGUUCCUUGUGGCCUAUGAGCAUGUUUCGGAUAGUUAGAUGGCGUCUGUGUGUGUGUGUGUGCACGCACAGUAGCGGUGCAACAAGGUUUAGUUUGAAAGGGGGUGGAGCCUGUCCAAGCCUACUUUGGGUGCAUGCACUGUGUAUGUGUUCACAAUAUGCGUGCGUGUGUGUGUAAGACGUAUAUUUCAGAGUAAUAUUGCCCUUUAUACACCAACACACCACCUCAAUUUACUGAAGGAGAGCACAAUAUACCUGAUGAUAAAGAAAAGAGCUAGGACACUGCCAAAGAGCAACCCACUAACAGAGACCAGCUGCUGAGUCAAUAAUCAAUAUGUGCAUCAUCACGAUGAUGACGAUGGUGAACCCGUUCAGGCACAGAAGGGCUUCUCAGAGGAAUCAGAAUAGGAUUUUGCCAAUAAAAUUGACUACAGGGAUUUCUAUUUUUUUCAUUGAUAUCUUUUGUUUUCCAGCAUGUAGACAUUUGGAAAUAAUUGGACGUGACCACUGAGAUAAAUCAAUCAUUAAUAACUACGAGACAAUCUGAGCCCCAGUCGAGUUAUUUUUCCACAGUCUCCUUCAAAGCUUGUACGAGAACAGGUUUUGGUUGCUUGUUGAUUUUUUUGGGGUUCUUUUAUGCAACUGAUGUUGCAGUUUUUGUAUCUGGUGGUUCAGCAUAUAUUUUAUUUCGAUGGUAGUAAUCUGCUUCAGCGACAGAUUCAUUAUUGCAAUGAGUUUGAAUGAAGGAGUGAGACGACUUUUUGAAUAUGACGAUGGGAACAAAGGAGGGAUGUCAGGAGACGAGGAAUACUUUUUUAAAAAAAAUUUUUAUUCUGUUUAUAUGCCAAGGAGGAUAAUAUUGUUGCAAUUUGGUAGACAGACUUUGGUACCCUUUUCUGGGGGUUUCUUUUGCCAGUCGAUGGAAAUAAAAUUCGUCCAGCCUUUUAUAUGAUUUAGAGUUCAUGUAUGUAAAAUCCCUGGAUUUUUACAAAAUAAAUCAUGUUGUGCAUGCUGAAGGCCGGAUGUUAGAGUU